AACUCACACCAUUAUUACUUGCUGUAAAUGAAAACAAACACCAAAUGGUGGAAUUGUUAAUAGGAAAAAAAGCAGAUGUACAUGUGGUUGAUAAGUCGAAAAGAACAGCCCUCAUGCUUGCUGCAAUUUCUAACUCUCCGGAUGUAGUCAGGCUUCUUCUUCAGCAAGGUGUUAAUACCUCUUCUCAAGAUGAAUGUGGAUGGACGGCAGGACACUAUGCUGUUUUUGGUGGAUUUGAUGUCAAUCGCCAAAUAAUUGCCAAACAUACGGAAGAAAGACUUAAAAAUUUUUCGCAAAAUAACAAUCCAGUACCUACCUGGACAGGGUCAAGUCAAGUCAAGUGGAAAUGGUCUAGCCUGGUGAAUAGACUGGCCAACAUUUUCCAUAAUUGUCAAAACCUAGGGGUCAAGUGUGAGGAAAAGUGUUGUCUUUCUUACCUGUUUUGUGUAGAGAUACUUGAGCAUUUCUUCAAGUCCCUGGUACACUCUCCUGGAUGAAUGCUAGAGCAAAAAUCUGGAAGCAAUAGGCAGGAAGCCACUUUCAGGCCCUAUCUCUGAUAUGGAAUCACGAUGCAGCUGUAUUUUGACAGUUUUAAAUUUUGAUCAGAAAUACUUUAUACAGACCAGCAGUUUGGGAGAAACUGACCACUUUUAAGUAUUUUAUUGCAGGAAACUAGUAUAAUAUCAAGGAGAAAAUAUAAGGUGAUAUGCUG